GGAUCCACUCUCCAUCGUCUUGCAAGCAGCGGGCAGCAAAGACACUGCCGUGUACUGUACUGUACUGCCUCGCCUCACCCAUAAAGGUCAAGUCGAGUGGCCGCAGCACAUGGCACACUGUCGUCAUCAUUCCGCACCUCCAUUAGUCAGGUUGUCCUCGCCGUCGACGCAUUCCGCCCCGGCUUUGCUACGCCGCCGCGAGCCAGUGCAGAGGCAGCCAACAUCAGUGUCCCAGGGUACCACUCGUCGUUCCAAGCCGAGCAGCGGCCCGGGCGGCAGGCAAUCUUGGCGAGUGCAAGGGCACGCCUGCAUUCCGACGCCACUCAUUCUCCAGUCCAGUUUCUGUCCUCUGCCACCGGCCACCUGCCAACUGCCAACUGCCGCCAGGCCACCUGAACUCACUCAUCUUGUCUUGCCUCGAGGGUGCCGGCAUCAUUCCACCUCCCUGUCAAAGUGCUGUCCGCCAUUAGCCAUUAUUCGACACGUCCUCGACCGCCCAACUCUCUCUGCUCUCAUGUCCGUCUGUCGUACCACAUACCAGCUCGCCAGUCGACCCAUCACUCGAGGAAGAGCACCCAUCUUGCCCGCUGGACAGCCGCACCUUCCCUUCAGUUCUCACAAUUCACGUCUCGGCACCAGUGCCGCACCAUCGCGCACUAGAUGCUCGACGCCGCGCGAGACGAAGAGCGAUGGGGGGCAUAGCUCUAGCAGGCGCGAGCGCACACCGGGGGCACAGGCAGACCAUCAACCCACAACCUCCGAUCCACGCUCAGUAAAGCGCACAGCGUAGACUCACCGCCCGAGCAUUGAUCACGAUGCCAUGUGUACAAGGGCGACGCGGCGGGCGAAAUGUACGAGGCAAGUAGGGCUCGACGAGACCGAAGUGGCUGGGGAGGGAGAACGGCGAGCUAGCCAAGAACGGUUGCAAGCUGGGAAGCCGCAAGAUGACUGAACACC